UCGCCCUAAUCGAGAAUUCCUGGCCCUAUUUCUCCGACUCAACCGGUCCAUUUACCCAAUCACAGCGAGCCCUCCCCCGCUCCGAACGACCAGCAUACAGCGACUUACGUUAUCCAUAUUAUCCUAUUAUCGCCUGCAUCCUGACGCUCGCUGCAAUUCCGACCGCUCUUCUAUGUUCGUCUAGCCAGCGCAUUCCUUGCUCCGGAUCAGGGACACGGACGCAGACGCAGACGCAGACACAGACACGCGGCUCUGCAUGUGUAUAGCAUUCGUAACUGCAGCUCCCGCAAAUCGUGUGAGCUCUGUAAACGGCCACCACCACUCCUCCUUAACCCGCCGUUUCCGUCCCCCACCGACAAAGCAUGAUGACGACGUCAGAGUCUCAGUCUCAAGCGAGUCCCCAAUACCCGCCAGCCAAUACCUCUGAGCCUGUUCCUUAUGAUCCGAGCCCAGAAUCUAAGCUUUCCGCGGGGCAACCGCACGCUGUCCGCUUCGCUUCCGUCAAUCAAGAGAUAGAACCAGACCACAGUAUACAGUCCCGGUCAGACGAGCGGGAACUGCAGGCCGAUUCGAUCCCUGCCGACCUCGACGCCAACGCCAAAGACGAGCUGCGAUCGCUCGCCAUUAAUCUACAGGACACUCGCUUGCAAGAAUCACGGCUGCGUCACUUUGCAUUCGAGCCCGUUUCUCUACCUGCGUCUAGGGUCAACUCCCGCGACACCGCUAGUGUUGGCGCUUCUCAUGACAAUACGAUUUCUAGCAGCACUUCACCCCGUGUAUCGCCGCCCGUAUCAAUCAUGCAGUCACCUCCUCUGACUCCCGCUGCCACACAUUCACGGGAGAACAAGGACACAGAAAAUGUUGCGGGAACAACCCAACCGACUAGCAAGCCCAACAGAAUUGACACAUCUGCCGUGACUCCCGAGACAUCGGAAUCGUCCAAACAGUCUGCGGUCCCAGCAAGUGCACCAGCCACACGGCCCAGUUCGACAGAAUUAUCCACCAAACAGACCGGACAUUCAGAGAGUUCGCUUUCUGCGAAAGAUCACGAUAAAAACAGAACGAGGUUCUUUCUCGGUGCUUCCGCCGACGCAAGCUCACAGGACGAAAGUCCUCCUAUGACUCCGAGACAUGAGUAUGGGUGGACCACGCCACCAGGCGGAACUUCCGGUACUAUUACGCCCAUUGGCGAGCCCAAUGAUCCUUAUGCACGAAAUAAAAGACCACUUCCCAACAGAAAUCUGGCUCAAUUAGAUCAGAGAUUUAUCUUUAGCGGAAUUGAUGCAAAACGACGGACUCAUCACUCCUCAGGCUCGCAUGGUUCUGUCCCAGCACCUGGAUCAAAUGGCCAUGAGCCAAGAACAUCAACCGACAAGCGGUCGUCUUUCUUUAGCGGCAACAAAAAGGAGCAUGGACACCGAAGUAACGACAGCUUAGAUGGUAAAAGCCAUGGCUCUAUGUCCGAGCUUAAGCGAUUCUUUCGCAUGGGUCACAAACAUAAGCGUGGGGAAUCUCCAUCUUCCGUAUCUAAAAGAACAAGCAAGUCAUCUUCGAAUGGCAAGAACGUUGCCCAUCCUAUGGCUCCAACAAGCGUUCCCUUUGCUGAUGAUCAUGGUCUUCAAUCCAAGUACGGAAAGUUAGGUCGAGUGCUUGGCUCAGGUGCUGGAGGAUCGGUGCGACUGCUGAAGCGAAGCAGCGAUGGAGUCACCUUUGCUGUGAAGCAAUUCCGCGAUCGGCAUUCUUGGGAAACCGAGAAAGAAUACUCUAAAAAGGUCACUGCUGAGUUCUGCAUUGGCUCUACAUUACACCAUGGAAAUAUUAUUGAAACAUUGGAUAUCAUUCAAGAGGGGGGUCAUUGGUACGAGGUUAUGGAAUAUGCUCCAUUCGACUUGUUUGCAAUCGUUAUGACCGGAAAAAUGAGCAAGGAAGAAAUUGCUUGCUCCUUCAAACAGAUUUUGAGCGGUGUUUCCUACCUUCAUGCAAUGGGAUUGGCCCAUCGAGACCUAAAGUUAGACAACGUCGUAGUCAACGAACACGGAAUCAUGAAGUUGAUUGACUUUGGAAGCGCCGUCGUGUUUCGAUACCCUUUUGAAAAUGACACGGUGCUUGCUUCCGGAAUCGUUGGUUCGGAUCCAUACCUUGCCCCCGAGGUUUAUGACGAGAAAAAGUAUGAUCCUCGUCCUACUGAUAUAUGGUCUCUCGCCAUCAUAUUCUGCUGCAUGACUCUUCGACGCUUCCCUUGGAAGCAGCCACGUGUAACAGAUAAUUCUUAUAAACUAUUUGUCUCUUCUCCCACUCCUGGAACGCCAGUCCCCGAUUCACAUCCCCGACGCAGUGAUCAGCGCCCCAAAUCGACAGCCGAUCUUCCAUCCAUGGCAAUUGAGGCUAAAGCCGGGGCAAGUGACUCUGAACAGCAUCGUCAUCAUCACCGGCAGGGCAGCCAUGGUCAUCAUCUCCCCCGAUCAGAGCCAGUCACACGGGAUGAACCACCUCCAUCUCACUCAUCUAAAACCUCUCCCUCUCAAACACAUCAAUCCCAACCCCAAUCGUCAGAGAUGUCGAAGACGACCCCCCCUUCCUCACAUACAACAGGCGAACCACCCGAGAAACCAAAAUCACGAGAAACAACUAGCAAAGAAGCACCUCCAUUACCAUCUGGCAGUACGACGACCACUGGACAGCGUCAAGAAGUCAUCAAAGGACCGUGGCGCUUAUUGCGAAUCCUGCCAAGGGAAUCGCGGUACAUCAUCGGCCGCAUGCUCAAGGUUAACCCUAAAGAGCGAGCGACCCUUGAAGAGGUCCUGAAUGACGAUUGGAUCCAGAGUAUCCAAGUCUGUCGUCAAGAGGAGACUGGAGCCGUUGUGAAGGCUAGAAACCAUACGCAUGUUCUUGAACCUCCCUCUUCUAGUGCACCAGUCGCUAGCAAGGGCAAGUAAACGACAACUUUUCUGAUUAUGACCUAGCCUUUUGCUAAUGGGCAUAUCUACUGUUGUUCGACAAAUUUCUUUUACUGCAUGGUUUUUGAUACGGUGUUGCAAUUCUCCUUCAGGUACGGAAGGAGUUGUAUUACUUCUGAGCUGAACAGUACGGCGUUGUUAUUAUAGGUUUUACUUUCUGUUUCUU